UAUUUCAUUUUGUCAAUAUAUAUACAACCGCGUAUUCAACCUCAGUCAGUCUUUGCAUUUCAAGGAAAGCAGUUACGACAGUGCAAACAUGAUUAAGUUAUUCAUUGUACUGUCGCUUUUACUUGAAUCACAAUACGUUUGGUGUGUCGUGGAUGUAGUUUGUGAACAAUAUCGCAAUUCAUAUGGUGCUGCCGAUCCCAAUUUUUGUGUUAUUGACCGUUUUGCACAAUCGACUUCAAAUGAGUCGAACGCUUACAAUUUUCGCUCCGAUCUGGAUAAACAGCUCGUGAAAUCAAUUGCCUUUUUUGACGAAACAACUUCGUUAAAUGUUGGAACGUUUCCUGGUGGAAUUUUCUCCACAUUUCCGAACGUGGGUCACCUGACUAUGCAACGAGUAAAUGUAUCCGAACUCAAUUCAGACAGUUUCGUCAACGCGAUGAAUUUGUGGAGCUUGGAUUUACGAUUGAAUAAAAUCAAAGCAAUUCGAAGUGGUGUCUUCUCGAUUGCAGCGGUUAGAGCCCAAUCUGCCCAACAGCAUACUGAUAUUGAGAAAGUCACAUUCGACGAUGUUUAUCCGUUACAUGUGCUGUGGAAACUCAUUUUGAACGGAAAUGAAAUUGAGGAAAUUGAUAAUUAUGCAUUUUAUGGAUUGCGUGCGCUGUUUCGAAUUUAUAUGGAUGACAAUCGGUUGACUAUCAUUCGUCGACACACAUUUACCGGACUUAAUCGGUUGAUUGAACUGUCUUUGGAAAAUAAUCAAAUUUCGACGAUUGAGGAGCAUGCAUUCGAUUUUCCGAAUAUCCGGACAAUAUUCUUACAAAAUAAUCCAUUAAAAACAUUGUCAAAUAAUAUAGUUAGAAGAGGGUCACCGGCAAUUGCUUUAGACGAAAAUCAAAUGAAAGAAUUAAAUCGAACAAUCAAUUAAUUUUCUCA